ACAAAAACAAACUUGAAAUUGUCUCGCUUUGCGUUUUGAAGUUUUUUUCGAAAUAUUUGGCAUUUGUAAGCGAUGUUAAAAUGGUUAACCAAGGAGAUAAGAAACAGGUACCUGCUGAUGACUAUUAUCAUGCUGAGGAAAAACUCUAUACAUCUAUUGUGGAAUCUGCUAACACAGCUAUGUCCCUCAUAAUUGACAAGUACAUUUGCCUAGCCAAUGGUUUGCCAGCCCCUGACGCAGACAUUGAGGAGUGCUUUGGCGGCAGGAACAAGAAGAAGCAGAGCCUUGUGAAGUACCUGGAGGAUCAUGAGCCCAAUGAAAUGACUUUCAGCCAAACGAGGAAGCUCUCCCCCAAGCCUCAACCUGCACUCCCUCCCAAAAGCUGCACUGAAGAAGAUAUUCAGAGGGAAGUGCAGGAAACCUUGCAAAGAAGGAAGUCCCAGCUUGGGCUGCCCGAUGACUAUGAUGUGCGAGAAGUCCAAGAUACAGAAGUUGAUUUGGAGUCUGAUAGUGAUCUUAGUGAAGUUGAAGAUGAAGAUAUCAAGGAUGUUGUUUCCAGCAAGCAAGUCAAAGGCUGGAGGAGGAAAGGGAAUAGAGCAGAAAGGAAGAAGGAAACUUUGAAAGGGGAGACUCAGACCCAGAGUCGGACUGUGAGAAGGAACCGAUUUUGCAGCUCCUUGAAUGAAGAAGUUUUGUUUAAGAAUGCUUAUAAAAAUGAUGAGGAAAGCAGGGAGAAUGUUCUAAAGGAACCUGCAGUAAAUGAGAAGACUCAGAGCCAUGUGUCGGGUGGGACUACUAGCAGCAAGACCCAUCGCACACAAAUCACGAAUGUGGAAAAGGAGAAAGAAAAGAGUACAAGUGAGCCAGAAAAAAUAUGCACGAAUGGGCCUCUUGCAUCGGUCUUGCCGGAGGAGCUUGAUCACGGGGCUCUUCUUGUCACAGAUAUGCUGGAUACAGUCUUUAUUCCACCUUUCACAUCCCAGGAAAGAGAGAAAACCUUAAUGAAAAUAGAGCAGAAAUUAGGAAAACAUGUGGUGGCCUUCCAUUUCAGCUACUUGGGUGGAAAGGACAUUGAUGCUCAGGGAGAGGAUUCCUACAGAGAUAUUAGAGAAACUACCACAUGUCUGACCAUGAAGGAUGCAGACUUGGAAACACAAACAAAACAAACAACAAAGACCUCAGGGAAGACUUCCAGAUACCAUGAAAGCGCAAAUCAGACUGAGAAAGAUACUCACAACGAAAAGGACAAAACAGUGAGGAAUAAGAAAAAGGAGAAGACAGUGCCUGCAGCAAAGGCGACUGCAUGCCACACCGUAUGUGAUCCCAAAACCUCGGAUGCUCACUCAGAUGGAAGAACACGUAAAAGAAAUGUACAAAAUACUUCAAAGGAAAAAUCUUCCGGAGAAGAGAGGGUAGAUAAUUUGCCACAAGAGAGAAGAAGGUCAAGAAGAAUAUCUGCUUUAUCCAGUCAGCUUACCGAGAAGAGCCGAGAGACACCAGAGCAACACGAGCCUCCUUCUGAGCGAGGGGAGACAACUCAUCCCUCUCCUGACACCAUUGGGAAAAAUACACAGCCAUCCUCAGAAGAUCACCAGAAAAGAAGGAGGGGUAGACCAAAGUCAAAAUCUCAUGUUGUGACUUCCUCUACAGUACCAGAAACAGACAUCAAAAUGAGAAAAAGGUCUAUUUCAGAUCAAGUGCCCAGACAGUUGAGAAAUAGCUUGGAAAACAUAUUCCAUUCUGAAGAAGAAAAGUUAGAAGAAAAGGCUAGAUAUAAAGAGCAAGAACUUGCAAUGGUGCCUAGUGUGCCUGAAUUCUUGCAGCCAUUAAAAGAAGACAUGCAAGCAGUCAAUGAAGUAGCUUCAAAAAAAAGGAAUGAUAAAAAUUUCAGUAGAGAAAAUGUUAAUGCAUGUUUAGCCAGCAGUGACAAAGAAAAUAAUCCUCUUUUUGUAAAUUCUGAAAAUAUUCCAAAUCUGACAUCUACUUCGAUAGAUAACGAAACUGAACCUCAUUUGGACUCCAAGAGGCAGAGGCCCAAAAUUCGUCGAGUGUUGCUAAGUAAUGGCCGAAUCGUUUUCAAGUACAAGAUGGAUAGUGAAAAGGAGAUUUGCUCCCAAGAUUUACCACCAGAGGGUGUGAAGAACAAUUCAGAAAUUACAAUUAAUGAAAGACAGAGAACUGGGAGUAUCCUGGGCAACAUACCUGGAAAUUUAUGGCAGCAGAAAAUGUGGCAUUCAAAGCAAGAGGAGAGUAUUAUAGCUGGUAUUGACCCUGUUAAGAAAAAACGGAAAAGCUUGUCAAUGGGUCACAAACCUAUAGGUCAUAAAGCCUCUGAUUCCAUGCUACUUAAGUGGAGUAGCAUGAUAGCAAGAAACAGCACAGUGGAACUCUCCAGCAUCGUGGAAGACAGCACAUUCUCUGUGAUCCAUCCGAUGGGGAAAAUGAAUGACAGAGCUAGAAAGCAGGAGGGAUGGGGACCCGGUGCGGUGCCAGAGCAUUCGACACAGGAGGCCAUGAGAGGAAUGCAACAGAACCCUCAAAAGUUUGCCAAACCACAGGCUUUCCCUCAUGACUCUCAGAAGGUUAACAGAAGAAAUGCAGAAGAGAGUCUCAGGGAGGCGGAACAGUCGAAGCUCCUCCAGCUCUACAAUGUCAAGAAGCCAGUGACAUCAUUGACUGACCAGAUGGAGCAAAGUUCCAGUUCUGAUGAGGAGACGACUCUCCUGACAGUGGAGAGGUCGUCAAGGGUGGUUGGGCCUUUCCACAGUUCCCUGACCACAGUCAUCAAGCUUAGGGAACAGUUUAGAGACACUUCAGAUCAGACCGUGCAGGUGAAUAGACCCACUGCAGUGAGUGCAGCUGACAGCAACUUACAAAAUGAAUCUGCUGUACGGAGAACCACGAAAAGCUUCUGGGAACUAGAUGACAGUGACGACUCUCUGCCGAGUGAGACAUUCAAAGCUCCGUCCUGCCCAAAGCCACAGGGCCCUAAGAGAGAGCACAAGCAGAUCACUUCUAUGGAACAGUCAAGUCAUGCCUACAGCAUCUUGGGGAACGUUAAGUGGCACAAAAGAAAGGACGAGAAAAAGCUUGAUAGUAAAAAGCCUCGAUUACUGUUGGCAAACAGUUCACUGCGGAUGGGCAAAGACCACAUGAAGUAGAGGAAGUGAGAUCUUCAUCUGCUGUUGUUUUUAAGAGGAAAAUUUUUACAAGGAAGUGACAAUAAUACACUGUUCAGUUAACAUAUUGUUUAUGUUGGUACAUGGAAUUUUUGCAUUUUAAAGUAGGUGAAGAUUAUUUUUUGAACUAUUGUAGCAAGCACCUGAUAGACAAAACAUGAUGAAAUAUGAAGGCUUUAAUAUAUAGUUUCUUGUAAAUAGCAAUGAAAAUUAAGGUAAUUGAGUUAUGUACUUUUUUUUUCUUUUCCCUUGGGUAUUUUGAUACAGGGUAAAAUUAUAUAUAUGUACAAAAUUCAGAUUCCUUAAUAAUUUUAUCCAUUUGGAUGUAAAAAGGAAAAAUAAAUGAACUAGGAAAAAGGUUUCAUAUUUUGUAAAUCAUGUUAUAAUUUUGUGGCAUUUACAAGAAAAAAGAAUUAACUAUAUUUUUCAUGAGGUUUAUUAGGAUUGAAUUUCAAAUUCUUUAGUCAGUGUAUGUCAAAAUAUAUAUAUUUUUUUAUAACCAUGUUAUUUCAGUUAGUCCUUUCUUUAAAAAAAAUAGAUCCUCCUGUAUGCAGAAGGAUUCAAGAUUUAGAUAUAUCAAUUCUCCACUGAACUUCCAUUUAGUGAAAGAUUCUCUGCAUAUAUGUUGGUAGUCCCUUGCAAUGCUUAAUGUUUUAUUUGUAAAUAGUGAAAUUUCAUAUUAGAAUAACAAUAGAGAGUACACCAGAUACAUAAUCUUAAACUUGGGCACUCACUGACUACGCAUACAUGUGCUAUACUUAAUAUAAUGUAUGUAAUGUACUACUAUACAGCUAGCUGUGUGAUCACUUUUAUACAUGAGAGACAAAAUAUGCCUACGUGUGUUGCACAGAUAAGUAAUAUUUUCAAAAGAAAAUGGAACAGAAGUGAUUCUGCAACAGCUCUUGAAGAGAUGUGCAAUAUACUGUUUACGAAUUGAAAUAUGGAUGCAUAUAAUGUAAACUAUUUAUUUAAAUGUAGGGAAAGUUGAACUUGAUAUAAGGAUGGAAAGUAUCACUGCCCUAUGUGUGUCUGGGAGGACGGAUUUGCAUAUAUUUGCGAGAAUAUCCUUUAGUAAAUUCAUGACAUGAACUAACUGUAGUACAUAUCAGUAUGAAUCACUGUUGCUCUAAGGAAUUUUUUUAAACAUUAACAUUGUCAAGUGAUAAGUUCUGUCUUUUAUAUAGAUGUUCAUUGCCAUAAUUUUGGCAUUCACUGAAUAAUCUGACAACACUGAAAGGAAGUUGUAUAAAGUAGUAUUAACGUUUACUGACAUAUUAUCUACAGCUUGUAAAUAGUGCUGUGUAAAAAUAUUUAGCUUUUUCAUAAAAUGUAUAUAUUUAGGUAAGAUUUUUUUUUUCUUCUUUUGUAAUUUGAUAAUAAUGCAGUUAGAAGGUUUCUAUGGAAGUUUUCAUAAACCAUGGUGUAGUAAAUAUAACCCAUAUCCCUGUUUAAGAUGACAGAUGUAUAAGAAAUAUGAAUGAGGAUGAAUAAUUCGAGAACAAAGGAUAUGUAAUUAGUGUUUCUAUGGUACGUCUUUGUCAGAUUAAUGUGAUUCUGAUGGAGAUGUAAUUGUUACAAUUAUUUGCAGUGCUGUUUUCACUUGGCCAUAAUUUUUGAUACAAGUAGUAUGAAUUUCAGUUUCCUUCUCACACGUAUAUGACCAUUUUGAUGGGCACAUUACGAUUAAAAUCACCAUUUUGCAUAUGGGAAUGUUAAUCCUUUGAGUGACUUGGUAAUGUUUUAGUCGGUGGGAAAGUUUACUUUUUAUUUUGUAUUUUAUCUUCUGGAAGGUAUUUAAUACUUUUGUCAAUAAAAUGUUAUAUUACCUGUG